UUGAAGUGUUUAAACAAAAACUAUUUGUUUUAGUUGGUUUUUAAACCAAAAAAAAACAAGGAUUAUUUUCUUUUUUGCCACAGUUAAGGAUUGGUUUGGAUAAAUCUUUAAACUAAAACAAUGCAUUUCAAUUAUUUCCUACUAGUCUCCUUGGCAUGUUUUGUGGGCUACAGUCAGACGGCCGCCACUACAAGCGUUACAGCCUCAGCUACCACUGCCAAGCCACAAGGCUUUCAAUCACGUUCCAUAGAUGCCGCCAGCGAAGAUGAAGGCGAUGAUGUUUUUGAAACUCAGGCACAAACACAUUUGACCUACAGACAGCAGCAGCAACACUAUCUGCAACAACAGCAACAUCAGACACAACAACAACAACCGCUUUACGAUUACAGUCAGUCGGAGGAAGAACAAGAGGAGCCCCCUCGGCAACAAUAUCAAACACGUAAGCAGCAGCAACAAAAUUAUCAGAGCAGCGUAAAAGCAAAUUCUAAACAGAAACAGUCAAGCGAAGAAGAGACUGAGGAGGAGGAAGAGGAGCCCGAUAGGCUGUCACUGUUGUUGGCACAAUCGAAAUUUGCUUGCAAUGGAAAAACUACUGGUUACUACGCUGAUGAUACACUCAACUGCGAAGUCUUCCAUUAUUGUCAGGAAAAUCAACGUCACUCUUGGAUCUGUCCUGAAGGUUUCACCUUCCAUCAAAUCCAUUUGAUUUGUAUGCCACCCUCCAAUGAUAACAUUUGCCAACAAUCAGCCAAAUAUCAUAUUGUCAAUGAGUAUCUGUAUAAACCUGUCAAUUUGCAAGAACAUCAAAGUAAACCCAAUGUAACAUUGCGUUAUUCCGAACGUUAUUAUCCCGAGAGCUAUUAUGACAAUGAUCGUUAUGAAGAUGAGGAGGAAGCACCCAAACCACGUGUGCAGCAUCAUAGACAACCACUCCAAGUUGGAUUCCACCAACAGCAGCAACAACAGCAACAGCCACAAUAUCAACGAUCACAAUCUGUGCCACAGCAACAACAACAGGUACGUCAUCAACCUGUGCAACAGAUCUCGCAACCCCAACAAACCACAGUCUAUCGUAAACCACUGCCAGUAACCACCAUUCAACCUCAAAUCCAACCACAAAUCCAACAGAUACGCAAUCAAGCGCCAGCACCCACUGUAACACCAUCGCCCUAUCGUUACUUUACCGCUGCACCACAAUUGCAACACUUGCAACAGAAUCAACAGCAGGUGUAUCGUUCACCCGAAGAGAUUAACAUUUCCCUGCAACAGAGACGUCCUCAGAUCUUCAUAGCCAGCACAACACCGCGCUACUACGAGGAUGAGUAUUUGUAUGAGAGAAAGUAAAUGCUAGUGUGAGAGCAUAGAGGAGAGCAAAUGCCUUGCUUAACCUUUAAAAAUCUAUUUUAGUUUUCAUUUCAAAUAAAUUCUCUCCUCAUUUGAACUAAUUCCAUAAACAUAUUUGUAACUUUCAAAAAUAUUUAAUUUUUAUUUAAACAUUCUAAUUAGAUUUUUUUUAAUAUAUAUUUUGCUUGUAGAACGAAGAAUACUUUGCAAUUUUAUUGUUUAUAUACUUAUAUAUAUAAAUAUGUAUUUAAUUUUAUUAUUUUAUUUUAUUUUUUUCUUAUGCUUUAUGAGUAUAGUAACUACUAAAUACUACUCUACUUCUUCUUAGUUUUAUUAAGUUUAAUUUAAUUUUUAUUAACAACAAAAUACUGCGCGAAUAGUCCCAUACAACAAAAAUAAAAAGCGAAAGAAACACGAGAUUUAUUUUAAAUGUUUUUAAUCUUUAAGUUUUUGAUUCUAGUAGAUUUGAAUUUUUUAAAAAUAUAUAAAUAAAAAGAAAAUAUAUGUUUUUAUAUAAAUAAAUUAA